AUGGCGGCGGCGCCAGCGGCGGGAGGGCAGGGCGGCGGGGGCAUGGACGCCGCGCUCGUCGACGACAUCAUCCGCCGCCUGCUCGAGGUGCGGACCGCGCGCCCCGGGAAGCAGGUGCAGCUCUCCGAGUCGGAGAUCCGCCAGCUCUGCACCGUCUCCCGCGAAAUCUUCCUCAGCCAGCCCAACCUCCUCGAGCUCGAGGCGCCCAUCAAGAUCUGCGGUGACAUCCAUGGUCAAUACAGUGAUCUUCUAAGGCUUUUUGAAUAUGGAGGCUUUCCACCUGAAGCCAAUUAUCUAUUCUUAGGUGAUUAUGUUGAUCGAGGCAAACAAAGUUUGGAGACUAUAUGCCUUCUUCUUGCUUACAAAAUCAAGUACCCUGAGAACUUUUUUCUUCUGAGGGGCAAUCAUGAAUGUGCCUCAAUAAACAGAAUAUAUGGAUUUUAUGAUGAAUGCAAGCGUCGAUUUAAUGUGCGGCUAUGGAAGGUCUUCACAGAAUGUUUUAACACUCUACCCGUGGCUGCUCUUAUUGAUGAUAAAAUAUUAUGUAUGCACGGCGGACUCUCUCCUGAUCUAGCACACUUGGAUGAGAUAAAGAACUUGCAACGUCCAACCGAUGUACCAGAUCAAGGUCUACUGUGUGACUUGCUUUGGUCAGAUCCAGGAAAAGAUGUUCAAGGGUGGGGCAUGAAUGAUAGAGGGGUCUCAUAUACCUUUGGUGCCGACAAGGUUUCAGAAUUCUUGCAAAAGCAUGAUCUUGAUCUUAUUUGUCGUGCUCACCAGGUUGUCGAGGAUGGGUAUGAAUUCUUUGCUGACAGACAACUUGUCACCAUAUUCUCGGCCCCCAAUUAUUGUGGUGAAUUUGAUAAUGCUGGUGCGAUGAUGAGUGUCGAUGAAACUUUGAUGUGUUCGUUCCAAAUUCUGAAACCUGCUGAGAGAAAAAACAAAUUUAUGGGGCCAAACAAAAUGUGA